GGACAUAUCUCUACUUUUCUACAACCAUUUCUUAUGGAGGAGCAGCAAGAACCAACUGCUCCUAACACUGAUCAUGAUCAUUCUAAACAAACCUCUCUCUGUGAAGAGUGCAAAUUAAACACACCAAAGUACAGAUGCCCAGGUUGCUCUAUUCGAUCUUGUAGUCUUCCCUGCGUCAAAUCCCACAAGCAACGCACUGGUUGUACGGGCAAGAGACUCAGAACUCAAGUUGUCCCUCUCUCCCUAUUUGAUGACAAUCUCCUCAUCUCUGACUACAAUUUCUUAGAAGAAGCAAAGGGGGCUGCUGAAUCUGCUCAGAGAAUGCGAUAUGGGAAGUUCGGGAGUUUCCAUUUCAAAUUGCCUUUCAAGCUUAAGAUACUCAGGAAUGCUGCAGGUCGCCGUAAGACGCGGCUUCUUCUUCUCCCUAGAGGAAUGUCCAAUAGAGAGAAAAACCAGUCGCGAUAUGUCCAAAAGAAGGAUUCCAUUUUCUGGACGAUUGAGUGGCGUUUUCAGUCAACAGAUGUUAUACUAAUCGAUCAUGGGGUAGAUGAAAACACAAAUCUCUGCUCCGUAAUUGAGAAACAUCUUCAGCCUGGACCUUGGAAUCAUCAGUUAAGGCCAUUCUGUGACAAGUUAGAUCAUCUCAGGUUCUUCAUCAGGAAAAACCCAAAGGGCCUUAAAUCGCCUUUCCGUGAGUUGGACAUAAAGGGCCCACUAAGGCAACAGUUGGCGAAUAUAAUCAUCAUUGAGUACCCUAUUGUUCAUGUUUUGCUCCCUUCAGAUAGCAUUGACUUUGAAAUUAGCAGAGAUGCAAAUGUAUUUCCUCAGAAGUCGGAGCAUAGGCUAUCUCCAAAUGAUGAACAAGCAAGCCCACAAGGUGUGCUCUUCAGGGAGGAGGAAAUAGUAGAUGAUGACAUCUGUGAUCCGCGGAUUGUAGAUCUUAUGGAGUAUGUGAAUCCUGAGCCUCUGGAUAAUUUCCAAGCUGUUGAUAGGAAAAUUGAUAGACAAGUUCUUUCCUCAGAUGCACAGUUGAACGGAGUUUCUAAAGAUAUAACACCCUGGUUGAAGAAUGAAUCACAAACCUGUAAAGCAGAAGACAAAGGUACAUUUUUGAGUUCCAGUUCAAAGGAAAUAGGAGUUGCUGGAAAUGUGGGCUUUGAUUUUGACCAGGAUCUAAAGGAUGUUUAUUCAGGACUUAUAGAGCAAGCUAACCCUGAUGGCUUUCUUGACCUGGAUGGUGGGUCUAUCAAUGAAGGGUUUCUAGGGGAGAUAAGAGAUUGCCUUGGUUUUAGUGAAGAUUUAUCAGUGGAAGAUGAAUUAGAAGACGGGGAGAUUUUGGGGUUCUGAAAAAUUGACAAUAUUUUCCAAGGUGAGUGAAACUACAGGUCAGCAACUACAAGUUUGGUUGUAGUGUUUUCAUUGAUGUUGAACACAAAAUCAUGGUUGUGUAGUCUCCCUCUACUGAUUAAUUUUCUUCAGGUGCAGAUUUUUAGCUACGACAAGUAUGACAUUAGUUUCACCCACCUAAAGGA